CCUGGACGAAAGGGCGAUGACCCCGGCCUAAUGACACCCGAAACUGAGAAAGAGGAGCUCGGGAAGAGCAUUCAAUCCUCAGUUUCCGCGUGCCCCAGACAAAUCCCACCUGCGAUGGCUUUCCCGAGCCCGAACGCUUGAUGUCACCGCCGGAUAUGGAGCCGGUCGAUCUUGACCAUGGCGACUUGGUAUGACCAUGUAACCAUUUGCCUACCGAUUCCCCAUCGUAUCAUGUUCACAUGUACUCGAGUUUCUGUGUCGUUGUCUCCAACGACUUGGAGAUUAGUGAACACUGCGCCUUUGACCCUGCCUGGUCAUCGGGACCUGUCUCGUAGAGUUUCCUUUUUCUUCCCAUUCUCUUGGUAGCAUUGGAUUGAGACCCAUCAUUAUCACUGAACAUACCGCCACUCUUUUGUCCGAUCUUGUGUUGGCACCAACUGCGCCGAACAUGUCGUUGACACUUUGGACGGCUUUUGCUCUUUUCUUAUGCUACCGCGUCUACCGAAUCAUUUACAACCUUUACUUGCAUCCUCUGGCCAAGGUACCCGGGCCGAAGCUGUACGCCAUCUCCUGGCUGCCGCGACUGUGGCACCAACAGAUCCGCGGCACGCACUGGAAGAACCUCGUGGCACUGCACGACAAGUAUGGGCGCAUCGUCCGGACGGGGCCCGACGAGGUCUCCAACGCCUCGGCCAAAGCCUGGGAUGACAUCUGCGGCAGCAAGACCUUCGUGCGCGACCUGAACUUCCUGCGCGUCACGCAGCUCGACGAGCGCCACAGCUUCAUCUCGCCCGUCAAGACGGAGCACAACACGGUGCGGCGCCUCCUGCAGCCGGCCUUCACCGACCGCUCUCUGCUGCGGCACGAGAAGAUCCUCGGGGAGUGGACGGAGAAGCUGAGGGCCAACAUCGCCGGCGAGCACGGCAGCCCCGUCGACGUGGCGCAGAAGCUGGUCUGGAUGACCUUUGACACCAUGGGCGUCCUGAGCUUCGGCGAGUCCUUCGGGUGCCUCGACAAGAACCGCCAGCACCCGUACCUCAAGGCCAUCGAGCUGGGCGCGCCCUUCCUGUCCCUGCUGCAGAUCAUCCUGCGGUACGAGGCCACGCGCGGGCUGUACGCCAUGUUCCUCAAGCUGCCGUGGAUGCGCUUCUGGAACAGUCUCCGGGCGACGGCGGAGGCCAAGGCGGCGAAGUGGGUUGAGAACGCCGACGAGAGCAGGGGGGACGUCAUGAGCGUCAUCUGGAAGGCGAUGCAGGACCAGAAGACGCCCAUCUCGCAGCGGCAGGCCGACGACCUGGCCUCGAUCCUAUGCUUGGCGGGCGCCGAGUCGACGCCGGUCCUCAUGUCCGGCAUGGUGUGGUGGAUCCUCAGCACGCCGCACGCGCACGCCCGGCUCCGGGAGGAGAUCCGGACCGCCAUCCGGCAGGCGUCCGACAUCACGGUGCCCAACGUCUCCCGGCUGCCGUACCUCGACGCCUGCAUCAUGGAGAGUCUGCGGCAGCACACGCCCUUCUCCGUCGCGAUCCCGCGCAUCGUGCCCGAGGGCGGCGCCGUGGUCGACGGGUAUUUCCUGCCCGCGGGGACGGUCUGUGGCGUCCCGCACUGGGCGAGCGCGCAUUUGACAUCUCACUUCGCGGACCCGGACAUGUUCGUCCCCGAACGGUGGCUUCCGGACCCGGAUCCGCGCUACGCCGGGGACAAGAGGGACACGUUCAAGCCGUUUGCCAAGGGCAGCCUGGACUGCAUAGGAAAGCGGCUGGUCUAUCACGAAGUUCGCAUGGUCAUGGCCACGCUUUUCUGGCACUUUGACAUGGAGCUGUGCCCAGAGUCUCGCGACUGGGUGGCUGGCGCGAACGCCACGGUGAGAAUGAUGAGAGAGAAGGGGGCCUUGUUCAUCAGGGCAAAUCCUGCCAGUGUUGGAGAAGUGGCUGAGUCGUGAUACGAAGCGUGUUCAUACGUCCCACAAGAGCAUCAUUAGGCAGCGUUGAAAUUUAGACAUGAAGCGUUUUGAUAGACCUUGGAGCGUCUUCGGGAGGGACAAACAAUGGUUGUGUUUUUCAGGUUUUUGUCAGGGCAAUAAGAAGUGCCUCCGGUUGAGGACUGCUUGUAAUUCAUUCCAGGAUAAACAGGAUAAACGGGCUGCAAUCUUUGGAACCUGGGCUUGAUCAGAUCGUACAGGCAUAACAAAGCCCUACAGUGUCAAGAGUAGAAACAAAACGUAGAACAUUCAACAUGAGUUGGACUGCUGCAAAACAAUAAAUCGAGUCUGGG